AGGUCUGGCAACGCUGUUUUUAUGAGUGUGUCUGUUUACGUGCAUUUUCUUUAUAAAAAUAUGCACCAAAAAGUUGUGAGUUGAGAGAAUUCGUUUCGAAUUAAGUUCCUCAUAGUUUGUAAUAAUAAAGAUAUCUCAUAGAAAAUGGAUAUUUUCGACGAGGACGACGACAAUCAUGAUUGCUCUAUGGCUAUGGAGAGCUCAAUUUUGGAUAUGCAAAAUAAACUGGCAAAGCGGAUGGUUGAAAUGCAAAAUACAAUGAAUAAACAAUUUAAGGAGUUGCACCGCAGUCUGAACCUGGCAAAUCGUCAUAUUGAAGCUUUGAAUGAUAAAAAAAAAACAAAGGAGCUAAAAUGCAAUUUUCCUUGUAAAACCGAAGAAGAAUUGGCAGAAAUAGACGAGAAAAUUGCCGCGUCACCAGCAGCCUAUUUACCUAUUUUCGAGGGAAAACUAAUGCCGGAAGGAGUCGUCAAAAAUCUUGAAAAGAUAAUAUCUCGAGAUCUUGCUUUACAAAUUAAUUUUCGCGGAACCGCCAAUAUGAAGCCGUUCGAUAAAUACAUUCACCUAAAUAAAGUAAUGUAUGAGGCUACGACUACAAUCGAUCGAAAUUUCAGUGAUUACCAGAGGAACAUGCGCACUGCAUUUGCAAAGAUCAAAAAUCUGCUAAAAUUGUACCGUGAAAUGUCGCUUUUCGAGGUCUGGCAACGCUGUUUUUAUGAGUGUGUCUUUUUUACGUGCAUUUUCUUCAUAAAAACAUGCACCAAAAAGGUGCGAGUUGAGAUAAUUUGUUUGAGCGUGUAAGAUUAAGUUUCUCAUAGUUUAUAAUAAUAAAGAUAUCUCAUAGAAAAUGGAUAUUUUCGACGAGGACGACGACAAUCAUGAUUGCUCUAUGGCUGUGGAGAGCUCAAUAUUGGAUAUGCAAAAUAAACUGGCAAAGCGU